CAUCAAAACGGAUCGUAUGAUUGUUUUAUAUACUUUGUACAAUAAAACGAAGAAAAUUCGAAUAUCUGGGUCACCUGAUGAGAGGACGUAAAUACGCAUUACUUCAAAAUAUAAUGCAAGGCAAAAUAGAAGGAAAACGCAAUCCAGGCCGUAGAAGAAUGCCAUGGUUGCGGAAUUUGAGAGAGUGGUUUGGCUGCACCACUAAUUAACUUUUUAAGUCAACUGUAAACAAGAUCAGCAUAGACUUGAUGAUUUCCAAUCUCCGAUAGGAGUGGCACAAGAAGAAGAAGAUCUUUGUACGUCUUGUUAGUUUUGAAGGGCAUAAAGGGCUUGUGAUCUGUUAUUGUCUUCUUUUAUUGUUGUUCCAAGAUUACGUCGUUCGAUGACGAUUCGUUGUUUAAAAAUUAGUUUAACGCGUUUCAACGUGGUUGCACGUCGGCAUUUGAUGUCCCUUCCAUGUGCCCGGAAGGGGUGCAUGGGAGGGACAUCAAAAUGGCCAUGCGAAAAGGGCUACCACGGAAGAUAACGUGAAAAAAAUCCACGAUCUCGUAUUGGUAAAUCGCCGACUGAACGUACGCGAGGUAGCAGAGAGAAUAAGCAUCUCAAAAUACUGUAUGGGUGAAACAGAAAGCUGUCAGCGUGUCAGCUGUCACCGUGAGACCACUUCAGAGCAGGGUCACAGUAUAAAGAGGGACAGUAGAACCACUCUCCGAAAAAUUGGAAGUAAAAUCUGCAGUCGCGCAUGGAGACCGCGCAAUGUUGGCAGUCGCUUUUGCCCCACUCUCGCAUUGCUAUUCGCAUAUAAACGUACGGCUUUUAACAGGGAAAACCCGCAUCCACCACUACCACUGGUGAAUUACCAAUUACGUACUGCCGGUAUUACUUCUUGAGAUCAAAGCGCCGACAGAAGAGUGAUUUUACUCUGGAACUCUAUAUACUGUGGCAGGGUCUUAGGCUAUUCAAGCGUAAUCCGAAGGAGGUUCUACGUUGUUUUAUAACCGUCGACGAAACAUGGAUAAACUGGUACACACAGAGCCCAAGAAACAGUCGAAACAGUGAACGUCAAUCCGCGAACGUGCUUGUGACUGUGCUAUCGGCCGGAAAGGUGAUAUAUGAAAGGUGUGAUAUGCAUGGACUUUCUACGAUAGAGUAAACCUGUCACAGGACUCUACUAUACCGAAUUAUUGGGCCGAUUCGACGCCGAAUUGCAGAAAAAACGGCCCACUUUGAUGAAGAAAAAGUGCUCUACCACCAUGACAACGCACCAGCUCACACCUCCGCCGUUGCCAUGGCCAAAUUGGUCGAAUUGGUCUACGAACUGCUUCCCAUCCACCGUUAUCUACAGAUUUGACCCUGUACGACUUAUAUUUGUUUCCAAACUUGAAAAAGUCACUCGCCGAGCAGAAAUUUAAGUCAAAUGAGGAUCAUCGCCGCCAUGGAAGCCAAUUUCACAUACCUCGAGAAUACUUAUUUUUCAGACAUAUUAAAGAAGUUGAAGCAUGGCUGGAUCAAAUGUUCGAGCUAAAAUAAGACUAUGUUUAGAAAUAAAUCACCACUUUUCACAGAAUCUUUGUUUUUCUUUUGUAGUUUCGUUAGUAACCAAGAAAUUGAGAUUCGUCGAGGUGUGCGUCAGGGUUGUGUGCUUUCUCCACUACUGUUCAAUAUAUAUAGCGAAACAAUAUGUCAGGAAGCGCUCCUAGAGCAAAACAUUGGUAUGAACAGUAACGGAGAGUUAAUUAAGAAUAUACGACGAUGACACGCUAAUAGUAACAGAUAACCUAGCAAAUUUACAGUAUUUUUUUUAAAUAAUAAACUCUUUAUUACAGAGACAAAAUAAAGAAGUACAAGUACCAAAUAUAACAAUAUAGGAAAAAAAAAGAAAUCUCUGUAAAAGGGACAAGAGAACAACAUAGCACAACACGAAUGCUGUGCCUGCUGAUCAAAGCUCUGGCCUUUUUUUAACAAUUAAAGAACAUUUUCUGCUGGCAUAUAUAAAUCAAAUAUAUAACAGUUAUAUUACAGUAAUUAAAUUUAAAUAAUAGAAAUAAAAUAAAAAAGAAACAAUACAGGUGAUAGGACAUGAAAAGUAAUGUUUAUAGGGUAUUAUGUGCUGACUCAAGAAGAUGUAAUUUCAUUUUUCUUUUGAAUGAGUUAAUAGCUGGAUAUUUGCUGGAAAACAUAAACACUGAUACCAACAAGUAUCAAAACAAAACAAAACUGAACAUCAAAAAGUCUAAAUUUAUGAUUGUAACAAAGAAGCUAUACACCAAUGUGAAUUUUACCAUAAAUAAUAAGCAAGUUGACAAGCAACAAGCAAUAUUUAGGUGUUUGGUUCACUGAUACUUAUGACCAGACAAGAGAAAUUAAGAAUCGAAUAGAAAUAGCGAGACAAUCAUUAUUUAUCAAAAUGAAAAAGUUCCUAGACAGCCGGGACAUAAAUCUAAACUUAAGAACGAAAAUGUUAAGGUGCUGUUUUCUCCGUUCUGCUGUACGGCGUGGAAGCUUGGACACUGAAAAAGAUAGAUAUCAAAAAUAUUGAGGCAUUUUAGAUCUGGUGCUACAGGAGAAUGUGGAAAAUACCAUGGACAGAUAGUGACAAAUCAAGAUGUUUUGCUGAAGAUGGGGAAGGAAUGUGAAGUCAUAAAAACAAUACAAAUGAGAAAACUCGAAUAUCUAGGCCACAUAAUGAGAGGGGAAAAGUACUCCCUGCUAAGGCUCAUAAUCCAAGGAAAAAUCUCGGGAAAGAGAAAUGUGUGACGGUUGCGAAAUUUAAGGGAGUGGUACGGGUGCAGUUCAAUACAAUUGUUCAGAGCUGCAGCCAAUAAGAUUGCUGUGAUGGUAGCCAACCACCGAUAGGGGACGGUCCUGCAAGAAGAAGAAGAAGUAACGAAGGUAUCGCUUAGGGGUAUUUUAAAUAAAAAAGAAUUCGUGUGCCUCCUGUAUGAUAUCUGAUCUUUUACCCUGUAUAAUUGCAUGCAUCUCUUUAACACUUCCACCUUGAACGCAAUGUCCAGCACAAUUUGAGUCGGCGAAGUAGCUUUGAGUAGUCCCGACUUUUCUAACCGAAGUUUCUUUUCCAACGGCGCUUUUCGACCGUCGAUUUUUUGCCAUUUUCUCGCGUGAUCUGCUCCAAAUUAUGUUCGCGGUUGGAAAAGCGCUCGGGAAAUAAUUUUCACGAGGUUAAACGUCAUUUGGCGGAUUUAUUUUUGUUAGUUUUUCUUCUCCGAACGAAUUGGUGGCCAGACACGGGUUUCGGGCUUCGUUGUAAAAAGUGCUGCGGUCGAGAAAUGGUUAAAUCUUUCGGGAUUGAAACGUUCGCUGGAACCCGCAGGAAUUUAAAUUGGGGUUUAAGGGUUGGUAGAUAGAACUAAAUUAGUUAUGGGGAAACAGAAUAGUAAACUUAAACCUGAAGUACUUGAAGAUCUCAAACAAAAUACGGAGUUCUCAGAUGCCGAGAUCCAAGAGUGGUACAAGGGAUUCCUAAAAGACUGUCCGAGCGGUCAUCUCUCCGUCGACGAAUUCAAAAAGAUCUACGGCAACUUCUUCCCGUACGGCGACGCCUCCAAAUUCGCCGAGCACGUUUUCCGCACAUUCGAUGCCAACGGGGAUGGCACCAUCGAUUUCCGGGAGUUUCUUUGCGCUCUCUCUGUAACCUCCAGGGGUAAACUCGAGCAGAAAUUGAAGUGGGCCUUCUCCAUGUACGACCUCGACGGCAACGGCUACAUCUCCAGACAGGAGAUGUUGGAAAUUGUUACGGCUAUCUACAAGAUGGUUGGAUCUGUGAUGAAGAUGCCCGAAGACGAGAGCACCCCCGAAAAACGCACCGACAAAAUCUUCCGACAGAUGGACCGCAACAAAGACGGCAAGUUAAGCCUUGAGGAAUUCAUAGAGGGCGCUAAGAGCGAUCCGUCUAUAGUGCGACUGUUGCAGUGUGAUCCGCAGGCGCAGUAGUCGCCCAAGUCAUACUCACCAAAAAAUACAAGGACUUCUAUUUUUGUUUUUAUUUGUUCUUUAACUAAAACCGUAAAAGGUGUAGAUGGGCCACGUGCGCAUCACGUGUUCAAAUACCUUGUGUAACAGUAAUAAUAUGUCCGUGUUUACUGACACGUGUAACUGACUUUUGAUAUUGUGUGUUAAUUGAUAUUUGAAGAGGUAAUGCCAAGCUACGUUUGUAGUUUUAUAAAGUUUAAUAUAGAGCUAACAAUAAAAUAUACAAUAAGUUGAAGCUGUGAAUUAUGGUUUCUAAUAAGAAAUAUGAACCCCAAAUGCUUUUUCUGGAGUAUUGCCCGUUUUGUCGCUACUUACUCACUCACUACGAUGUGAUACCCGAUAAGUAAUCUCAGUUAGUCGAAGUUUUCAGCUUUUAGUAUUUUCUUGUUAGUUCUACCUUGAAACAAAUGUUCUUGUACUUAAGAUAUUUCGGAUUUUCUGAUAGUCUACCCCUUAUAUGGUUUACCUAGUUGUGUACAUCAACCACUCUUGUGUGAUCGCGGGGAUUAUACGGCAAUGUCCCGGUUUUUAGUGUUUGUACAAUUUUUAAACGAUGUUGCUGCAGUUUUUACUGAAUAACCAAUUAAUCAAGGUAUAGUUUUCUUACUACAAAAAUACUCUUACGUCAUUCAAGAUUUCUAACGUCAGAAUACGAUUUUAACGCCAGAACAUUAGAGUAUAACUUUUCAUCAUGGUCAUGUUUCUUGUACAGUGAAGCUAGGCAUCAUUGCUCUUAUCAGAGAUAUUUUUCUUUGUUGUUGUUUAUUUUACAAAUAAUAUCUAUAAUUAUUAUUUACUGUAAGAUGUCAAUCGGUUUUCAUUACUUGCCGAAAUAUAUUAAUUAACAACAGUAUUUGUACAGUAAACAAGAACAAAAAAAAAGAUAUCUCUGACAAGUAAUGGUGCCUAACUUCUCACUGUACGAGGACAUGGCCAUGAUGAAAAGUCCUAUUUUGGCAACGCUCUGACGUCAGAAAUCCUGAAUGACAGCGUAUUUUUGUAGUAAAAAACCAUAUGUUACUAUUUAAACGAAUAUAAUAUAGUAAAAUAUUUUUUCAUGUUUGUCCAAUAAAGUAAAAAAUAAAAAUUACCAAUUCUAAUCGAAGAUGGUCGAUUAUUUCGUUCGCACCUGUGGUACAUUUAAUAGAAUCUGUAUUUUCUUCUAUUGCUAUUAUUUUGCAGUAUUAUUUCUCUCAAGACAUCGAAACAAAUCAUAACGACUAUAGCUUGUGGAAUUUAAAUUCGCCCCUUAUUGGGUAUUUAAAUGCUUGCACAGAAUGACAUUUAUUACUUGACAUUUUUAUGAUAAACAAAAGCUCAUAACCUCAAAACGUUAAGUUUCCCGCCAUGUAGCAAGAACACAAAGUUCUUAAUGGGUGCGUUCGGACGACCACAGCGGCUGGACAGCUGAGCCAGCAGUAGCUGUCAGACGUCACCGCUGGAAGUCAGCCGCUGAGAGAUUUACUAAGCUUUCCCUAUCACGGCUGGAUACAACCACUCAGCCGAUUUCUUCUGACAGCCAGCCGCUAUGGUCGUCCGAACGCACCCAAUGGCUUCAGUGUUUCCAGCUGCAUCUUUAAACUACGACUCACUUCAAGUUUUUCGAAGCAACGCUUUCAGUCCCUCUGAAUAAUUACGCAUCUCAACAUUCGUUAAGUAUUACUUUUUCUAUGUGUGGAAUCUCAUUGUUUAAUUUUAAUUUUCAUAAAAGUUCCCAAAAAAAUCUACAAAACGACGAUUGACAAAAAUGUCAAUUAUCAAGUCUAAAUUGUCAUUGAAAAAGUAGUUCAUUUUUAUUAAGUUGUCAUUUUGUGGAAGUGGUUUGGGAAAUAUACCCAAAGAUAUUAUUUAAUUUUCACAAUCUACUUUAAUUAAUAUUGCUUUCUGUGGUUCUACAGGUGUUUUUAGGUCUGCAAACUGUAUAAAUCCUUUAAAUUUGAAAGUACUGUUACAGAUGCUUUGACAAAUGAGUUUGACAAUGGAUCAAUUGUCUUUGAAUUUGAAAUUCAAAAGAAGUUCCACACAUUGAAUAAGUGUACGAAUAUAAUUGAAUUUUAAACGAUAUUGUCAAAGAACAGAUGUGUUAAGGAAAUAAUUGUUUGGAUAGAGAAUCCACAUUACACUGACUUGUCAAAGCAUCUCUUCAGAGAAUCAACCGUCCAGUAUUAAAUCAUCUCUAAUUACCUACUCAUCGCUUAAAAGAAUCUCAUUUUUUACUAGGAACUUAGUUGUCUCAUAUAUAUCUUGUCUCGUAUGAUUUACAAAAAAAAACUUAUUUACAAAUAAAAAUCAGGUUGAACUAUGCAAUACGUCUCAAUACUUUUUACUAUUUUAGUUGGCGAAAAUAAGAUUUCAACUAUUUAUUUUCAAUUAAUAAAUAAUGUUCAAAUGAAAUAUCUGAACAUGAAGUUAAACAUAGUCCGCGAUGCUUAUAAAUGAUGACUGUCAAGGAUAAGCAAAUACGAACUAAGUGGAUUCAGAAUUAUUAUAUUUUCGACCUCUUUAAUAGGGUGUUGACGUAAUGACAGGUGACAGAUGACAUGUCUGUCAACACCAAUGAUACUAUUGUGAAAACCAUGUCCUGUCUCAAACUAAUUUUUAUUUUCUUGUUAGCAUAUUGAAAUCUUUUCAACGAAUCUCUAAUGUCUGACCUACAAGAAGGACUUAAUAUUGUAUCUGAUAACAUUUAUUUCACAUACUAGGGUGUUCUAGUAGCUCAAACUGGAACUGGAAAGAUUCCAGUCUAUCUGAUGUUUUUACUCUGUCUACUAUGUUGACAGAUGUGCGCUGCGCGCGCAUUCAUACCUGACCUCAAUUUGCAUGUGUCAACCUCAAAAUUUCUGUAAAUUCCAAUGAUUUUUAUUUGUUUUGGUUAUGUAAGACUGUAAUUAUUGUAUACGCGAAUUUUGAAAAAAUAAUUUGUUUUAAUUUGGUGUUACCUCGCAGAACGAAAAACUGUAAAAUAAUUUAAAAAAUUAUUAAAACGGGGUUUUCAGUAAAAAAUCGCACAUCGAGUGAUUUAUAGGUAUUUAAAAAACCGUGGAUUGUUACCUCCUCCUCGCAUAGUUUUAGUAAUAUAUAUUUAAACUUUAAAUUAUAGUGUUAAUAAGCUGUUUUUGAGCAAAAGUCUUUUUCUCGGAAACGUCAGUUAAAUAAAUCCGUCGAUGUUUAUAUUUUAACGUACUUAAUCUUCUUGUAGCACUAAAGAAGGUCUAGAAAGUGUAGAUUUAUAUUAAAUGACUGCAUAUAUAAGGACCAUUUUUUUCUGAAUCAGUGACAAACUGUUAUUAAGAUUAAUUGAAGUAAAUAGGCUCAAAGUAACGUAUUAAAAUUCUUCCAUAGAUAUGAGAAAAUUGAAGCAGUGAUAUUAAGUCUCUGGAUAUAAAGAAUGUUCGAAACACUACAUUUUAGUUAUCACAGCUUAAAUUAUGUAUUGAUGUGUAAUUGCUGUAAUUUUUACGGGAAGAAAUAGCGAUUCGCUCCAAAAAUAUCGGUAUUUUUAGUUAUCUGCCACCUCUAGACUUUGGAGUUGCAUGGAAAAAUUUCUUUGCAUAGGAACCAUAAAGAACUCAAACGUACUUGAGGUGGAGCACAACGAAAAAUACCGAUAUUUUGUAGUAAGCUGUUAUAAGGUAUCUAAUAAAUAUUUGUAUUCAGAUUCACAAUUUUAUGAUGAAAAAUCGUUUAAUUUUCUUGAUAGCGUAGGAUAUUUGUGAUAGAUAUACAACGCGCAGAUGUACCGUUAAAAGAAACUUACAGAUUCAGCCUAUCAUAGUAGUUUAUAAUGUGCAGUCAGAAUAAGCUAUAAAAUCAUAUCUAGCAGUUUAAAUAAAUAAAGAAAUAAUAAUGUUGUGUUUUCUUAGUGUACGCUAUCCACGGUGCCUCGGAUUUUAAUUUGUGUAAAGAUCUUAGACGUCUUAACACAUUUGUAUGGUAUUUACAAUUUAUAAUAUAACGUUUAAAAGUUGUAGUACUGUUAAAUGCUACCGUAUUAAUAGGAAAAAUGGACUGAUUUAUACAGGAUGAUUCGAAACAAUUGGAUAUUAGUUAAUCUACAUAUUCUAUAUCAUGUAGAUUUUGCCUUUUUCAAUAGACCUUGACCACUUUUCACCAUUGAUUUGACUAUUUUUUCGUCCCUGAUAUGUAGAAUUGGACCCAUGUUGCAUUAAAAGUCAUAUAUCUUCAACAUUGGGUUGAAUUUAAAACCAACUGUUUUUUGUCACAUCUACAGAUUUAUUUACAUUGAAAUUUCACUGUCAUCGUAUUUUAGAUGACAGAGGUCACAACCAAGGAUAAUUGUUUUCACUUAACGCCAUCUAUCGGAGACUGGACUAAUCGUACAUGAACCAAAAAUUCAUUGUGGUCAAUAUCGUAUAAUUUGUAAAGUGUUCCUAUAUCACUGACGUAUUUACGUCAUAGUUUGAACAAGAAAAACUUGUUAUCAGACUUUAUUUUACCAUCUGUCUCUUUCACCUUUCUUUUACCUUGCUAGGAUAUGAGAUCUCUUGAUUAGUUGAUAUGUAAUACGCGAUCAGAUAAACAUUGUUUAAAAUCAUAAAAAUUGCUGAAUUUAACUUUGAACAAUAUAUUUCAGUAUGUAUUAUUGAAGUUAUACUUCUUUAGGCGCGAUUGGGAGUUAAUUUUUAUUAUUCUGUGCGCAUGCGCACACAGACAGUAUGGCGUUAGUUGCUAAAUCUUUCAAGUUAUGUAUAAAUAUAUCAGUGCAAAAAAAGGUGUGAAAAGAAUAUAUUAGUGUUUUUAGUAAAUAUAUUUAUUAUAAUUUUUGUGUCUUUGGAUUUGUCUUCCUCGGGAGUAAGAUAAGUAUUAUUAAAACAUUUAUAUUUUUAUUAUACUUCACUUCGUCUGUUUGUUACCGUGAAUUGUCAUUAUGUCCGAGUCUAUGUACACAGAGACGUCGUAGCGUUAUUGAUAUACAAUUCGACUAGAGAUCGAGAGGUCUUGGGUUCAAAUCCGGACCGUUCUUAUUCUUUUUUUUAAUUUUUGGAAAGUGGUAAGCAUUAAAAUUGGUUUAAUAUUUAAAUAAAAUAAAAAUAAUAUGUUUAAAGUAUAUUUAUUUCGUUGAAAUCAUAUAAUAGAAGUAUAACUUCUUACGUGCGUACAAAGUACACACACAUUCUUUUUUGUUUGACAAAUCGGUCAUUAAGUAAAAAAACUAAGUAUUUUCCGCUAACACCGGUAAGUAAAAUAAUAUCCAUUUUAUAUCACUCACCCUGUAUAAACAGUUCAUCAUGUUUAAUAAACUCGAAUAGAUGCCCAUAUUUCGUACGACUAACAUAGUGUAGCAGGUUUUAUAAGAGAACUAACCUUCUUCGGGGGUUAACAUAUCUACAGAGUUCAAGACCAACUGGAUCUGCCUAAUAGGGUUGAUUUUUUGAAAACUUUUUUAAUUCGUCGGAUCUAUUUAACUGGCUUUCAUAUUGUAGCUUGUGUGCCAGAAAAAUCAGUUUUUUGGUAUAGUUAAAGUUUUCAGAUCAGUCUGAUCAGUGUUUAUACAAUCUGUAGGCUUGAUUUAUAGGCCUGGAUCCCGCGUACCAAAAAAAGUUGAUUAAUAGCAAGCUGAAAAUGUGUUAAUAGCUUAACGGUGUCUAGUCGGACAAACUUUGAUGUAUGGGAGUAGUGGAACAGGGGAAGUUUUAAUUGUGGAACGUGAUUUUAAUUGUGGAACGUGUCAUCCUGACAAGUUUAUGAUUGAGAAAACUAGCAGGUUGUUUUUAAGUUUAUUCAAUAGAAAACUUUAUACAGGGUGUCCCCGAAAAUAGUGCGUUCCUUUAAGUUAUGGAUAUAAUACACAAUUUAGAACAAAACAGUCCUAUAACAUUUUUUUUAAGUUAACCGUUUCCAAGAAAAAAAUUACAUUGUUCUCCAUAUAAGUUAAUUUUUAUUUUCAUAAAUUUGAAUGACAUGGCAACGUAGCCUAGAAGAACUUGCUGUAACUGUGGAAAUUUAACCUAAUAACCCCUUGUUUAUUUACUUUGAGGUGUGAUUUUUGGGGUUGUUGACAUCGUAGGUACCUACCUGCAAAAUAAUGGAUAUUUGUUUGGUUGAUAUUUACAUUAUUUUACCUACCAGUUGCAAAUGACCUACAAACCUACUUUUUUAAUCUUUAGAUUUUUCCGUUGCGCGUUGUUGCCAGACUUCAAUUUGCAUAUCAAAAAUGUAUUUUCGUUUUUUGGUCAAACGGACCAAUUCAGAAAAAAAUGUUAUGACUUUUUUGCUCUACAUUGUGCCUUCUACCUGUACCUUUAAGGAACGCACUAUUUUCGGGGACACCCUGUAUAAUAUACAGUGCGGUGGAAUAAGUGUUGCCCCCCCUGUUAACUUGUUUAUUUUAAGAAUAUAAGCAAAACGCUCAGACAGGUCGAUUUUUAAACUAACCAUAGUAUAUUAUAGCAUCAACGUUUCGAACUUUACGCGAUCCCUCUUCAGGUGACAGGCAUAACUUUGAUUUUUUUAAAUGGUAAAGUACAUCAUGUGACACCUCAUUUAAAAGCUCUUAAAAUACUGAUUUCAAAAAUGUAUAACACUUUAAUUCUUUUUGAGAUCGUAAGCGCAAAAUUUCGGUCGAACUCUUUUUAAACGCAUUUAUUUUUUUCGAAUUCUGAGAAAACUAAUAAGUAUUUUUGAAAAAUUUAAACGCAGAAUGAAAGAUUAGAUUAUUGCCGAUGGCUGACAGUCCCUUAGAAUAAACAAAAAGUUUCUUUUGAAUUAUUUAAAAAUAUAUAUUAUUAUAUCUUAUAAAGAUAUAUUUGAAAUUAAAAAUCACACUAAAUUUUCUCUUUUUUCAUCACUGUGACCUAUUAAAAUAAACAUUAUUUGAGGGAUUUUGGACCAUCGAGAAUACUGUAAUAUUUCAUUCUGCGUUUAAAUUUUUCAAAAAUAUUUAUUAGUUUUUUCAGGAUUGGAAAAAAAUGAUUGCAUUUAGAAAGAAUUCGACCAAAAUUUUGCGCCUACGCUCUCAAACAGGAUUAAAGUAUUAUACAUUUUUGAAAUCAGUAUUUUAAGAGCUUUUAAAUGAGGUGUCACAUGAUGUACUUUCCCAUUUAAAAAAAUCAAAGUUAUGGCUGUCACCUGAAGAGGUAUCGCGUAAAGUUCGAAACGUUGAUGCUAUAAUAUACUAUGGUUAGUUUAAAAAUCGACCUCUCCGAGCGUUUUGCAUAUAUUCUUAAGAUAAACAAGUUAACAGGGGGGGGGCAACCCGCCGCACUGUAUGAAAAAAUGUUUGUCCGACAAAUAUGUUGGGCAUUUUAAUAAGACCAACACGUAGAACAUGUAAAAUGACAGGAAUUAUGUUGGUGAUAAAUAGCAGUCUGAUCUUUGUAUGAGAGUUUAAUGAAAGGGUAACAAAUCAAUUGAAAGUUCUGUCCGACAAAAUACAUGGGACGUCUUCGUAGUCUGACGUUCGAAAUCUGUAACCUAUUCCACAAUUAAAACUUCCCCUGUUCCAGUCUUCCCGUACAUCAAAGUUUGUCCGACUAGACACCGUUAAGCUAUUAUAAUAACAAAUUUUCAGCUUGCUAUUAAUCAAUUUUUUUGGUACGCGCGGGAUCCAGCCAUAAUUUGUAUAAAAUACGAAUUUAAUUUUAAAUAAAAAAACAUUUCGUAAACAGCGAGAAAACGAGAUUCUUAAAAAAUGUAUCAGAAAAAUCAACUUUUUUUCAAUAAAAAAGGUUUUUCUAUUAUUUUGUUUGUUUUAAUCCUGAUGUAAAAGUAGCGUCUGCCUCACAGAACUGUUUUGUAUAUCUUUCUUCUCGCCUUUCUUUAGUUUCACCUUCUCCUGUCACCUACUCCACUACUAACAAAACUCAACUUUACUAGUCUAUGUAUUUUGAUCUUAACUAUCUUUUUCUUCUUUGGGUGCCAUAUUUGGCCGUCCUUAUGUUGGCAAUUACAUUGGGGAGAUGUUCGACACUGCGUAUUUCCAUCCAAUCACAGAUGUUCUUGAGCCAUGAUAUCUGCUUCCUUCGAAUUCAUCUGUGGCCCUCGAGUUUACCUUUCUCCGACCAUUCCCGGUCUGUAACAAUUUAUCUGCUGAUAAGACGAAGGUUUCGAAGCCAUGAAUAUUUCUCCCUACCAAUUCCCCUUUUCCCUCAAUCUUUCCGUUGAGUAUUAACUGCAGUAUUCAGUAUCUGCUACCUCUCAUGAUAUGCCCCAGAUACUUACUUAAGCCGUCCUCUUGUACCUUACGGUGUCGAGGUAAGUGGAGAAAUCAGACGUCUCGAUGCCUUUCGGUCAGUAGCUAGUCUUUCUGCUUCUCUCCCAACUAAUAUUUCUUUUUACGCAAGCCUUUCCAAUAUUUGCGUUCCACGUUCUUGCUGGCCUGCCUCUUCCUCGUUUGUUGUCAGAUGUCGCUUUCCAUACCCUCUUUACAGUUCUACCUUCACUCAUUCUCGCCAUAUGUCCGAACCACGAUAACUGUUUCGUUUCAAGUCUGUCUAAGGUCCUUCCAAUACCGCACCUUUCACGUAUGUCUUCAUUUCUUAUACGAUCACGUCUGGUCACCCCGGAUACCGCACGUAAAUAUCCCAUUUCGCAUGCUUGAAUUUUACUACGGAUUUGUCGUUCACUGUCUACAAGCCAUGAUAUCUGCUUCCUUCGAAUUCAUCUGUGGUCCUCGAGUUUACCUUUCUCCGGCCAUUUCCGGCCUGUAACAAUUUAUCUGCUGAUAAGACGAAGAUUUCGAAGCCAUCAAUAUUUCUUCCUAUCAAUUCCCCUUUUUCCUCAAUCUUUCCCCUUGAGUAUUAACUGCAGUAUCCAGUAUUUGCUACCUCUCAUUAUACGCCCUAGAUAUUCAAAUUUUUUCUUUUUAUCGUCUUUGUUAAGUCACCUUCGCCAUUACCUAUUCUGUUUACGACUUAUAUUUUUGAAAUGUGUUGGACUCGUGAUAUUUUGAGCAUUCUACGAUAUGACCACAUCUCGAAGGCUUCUAAUUUGUUCAUCAUAUUAACCUAUUUGAUCCAGGUUCCACAUCCAUAUAGUAAUACAGGAUACACAUAACAUUCUAGGAACUUGAUUCUAAGUUACAAGGUCAGCUGAGAAUUGCACAGUACAGGACAAAGUUUCGUAAAUGCACCUCUUGCAAUUUAUAUACGCAUUUUAAUUUCUUCAUCAGGAUUUAAUGUCUCGUUUAUCCAACAUCCUAGGUAUUUAAAAUGGUUAAUCAGUUCCAUAGGGCCAACGUGUUGUUUACUAACCACAAGUAACUUUGUUUUUGAUGUAUUUAUGCCAAGUCCGUUAUUGGAGCAUUCUCUGGUGACUCGAUCUAUAAGAAAUUGAAGAUUUACGAUACUGUAACGAAAGAAAACUCUUCACCGACCCCACACCUGACACCACUGUAAUAAAACGAGCGAUUUCGUAUUUAUAUACGACUGUAUUAAUUUAUUUAUACAAGUUUUCUUUACAAAUCUCUAGCUUCAACUAAACUCUAUUUACAAAAUAUAUUCCUAUUUAUAGCCCAGCCGUUAUUCUGGAACAAUCCACGCUCAUCUCUAGGUAUCAGCUCGGCCCGCCUACCUGAGGUACGUUCUCGAACACCGUUCUUUACCUCCACCGCCGCCUCGAACAUUCGAUUACGUCAUUCUUACACAUCUCGAUUUGUGUACUGUUAUACGGGGGGCCGGUCAAGAGUUCUCUUUCGUUAUAAUACUUUCAGCCAUGAUCGCUGUGUCAUCUGCAUAUCUGAUGUUGUUAAUAGUUUCUCCCCUAACUCGAACUCCAUAUUGCCCUUCUAAGGUUUCGUUAAAUAUUAUUUCGGAGACAUGUUAAACAAAGUUGGGGAUAACACACACCUUGUCUGACACCUCUUUGAAUUAAAAUUUUUUCUGUUUCUUUACCGUCUACCAGAACAGAAGCUUCUUGAUUCCAAUAUAGUUGGAAAAGUCUCAGAUCUUUAUCAUCUAUUCCAGUCACUCCUAGAUACUCGCCUAUCAUGUUGAACCCUAUCAAACGUCUUUUCAAAAUCUAUAAAGCAGACGUAAAUUGGUUUGUGUAAAUAAAUUAUAUAAUAACUUUUUUACACGAAUAAAGAUAUACAGAACAUUUUUAUGUAAUUUCGUUUUAAGCUUUAUAUAUUUAAGCAAAUACGAACGUUAUUGCCAGGAACGAAGUGUAUAGGAUACAUAGUUUAUAUAAUAAUUAUUAUAAAAUCAAUAUUCUGGCUCAUCUGAUACACAAGCUAUAUACUUAACUUUUACUGAACUAUUAAGAUCCUAUAACUUUACUCUCUCUAUAUUAUUGUAACCAGAAUAAUCUUAUUCAAGUAUCACUUAAAUGUUACAGUUUUCAAAGUUUUUAAUGUGAUUCGAGGGAAGUUAUUAUGUAGAUGGUCUAUUUUAAUCUGGUUUUCCUAUAAAUAUAUAGUUGUUAUAUCGAUGGUAAAUGGUGCUUAUGUACGGGGAUAUGACGGUAUCAAAUGCUUUAAGAUGUCUACGUAUUUCUUUAUGAUUUCUUAACAACUUUUCUGUCGAAAAUGACAAAUUUAGAUUAUUGCAGCACGAAUGCCAAACCAUAACUUAUUAAAUAAAUUCUUUAUAAUUGGACGUUUCCCGUUUAAGUUAUAAAUUGUUUUCAAAACACAAUUUUUGAGUCAAAACUCUUCUGUUUUGUUAUAUUGGACAAUCUUCUUGUUGGUACAUAAGUUCUGUAUCAACCACACAUCUUUCUAUGUUAUCAUUUAAAAGUUCUCCACAAUGUCUUCGUUAUUUCUUCAGUAGUGUACUCUUUAAUCACAUCUGAUGAAAGCUUCCAAAUAUUGCUGCAAAUGCUGCACAAAUAGAGACAACAGGAGAAUUGUUGUAAAUCCUGCCCAAAUUCAACGGAUGCUCCAUCGACAAAAGCAUACCUCCAUCUCACCUUACAACGGAUAUGGUAACAUUAUUUACCUUCCAUUAGGUCUUCGACCUGCCACUGCCUAAUGAGCGUCAAAUACAGGGCAAAACAUAUCUGAGUGGUAACCAAAAAUAUAAAUUUUUACCGAUUAUUUCGGCCAUUAGAAAGAUUACCGACAGAGUUUUGUGUAAGACCAUCAGUAGGAGUUUGUACUUAACAUAUUACUUACUUGUAACAUGGAUAAACUCUCCCUACUCUGUUUUUGUCUAGGAAUAUAUUUUAUCUAUUGGUAUGGCCAUUUUUUGCCCUUAUGCAAUGACUUUCCACCCGAAUACUGCGCCAUGCAUCACAGUGAGUUAUCUCAGUACAAUAUGUCACCGUAUGAUUAGUCAGUUAUGGUUUGCACAACUUUUAGACAACGGUUCUGGUAAUUUGCCGAUUGCGCAUGGUGUAAUUGUGAAAAUAAAAGCUUCUACCAUCUUCUCAGUUAAUCUGCAGGUGUAUAUAGGUACCAAUAGGGUGUUUUUUUUAUUGGAUAUUGAAACGCGUCGUGUCGGAAUGAAAACUUCCCCAGUCAAUCUGUACUAGACACUAGCGAUCAUAGGUUCUAGUACUAGCGACCUCAGGUUCAUAAUUCAGACCGAAACUAUGAUACAUAUUCUUUUUCUCAUGAGCAUCUUUCAGUGCGUCACAGUUUUUCGAUUUCUUUCUAACGCAUUAAAUUGUAUGUGACAGAAAAAAGGCACGUCUGGGAUUAGAGACAUUUAUUCUAGUUGUCGAUAGAUGGCGCUAUAAUCGAAAAAAAUUAUUUACGAAUUAUAUAAUAUAUCUACGAAUAUACCGGAGGGACCGCAGACGUUCGGAAACAAUUAGCGUCUCUUUGCAAAGACAAUGACGUCGACUUUGCAAAGUAACAAGACACUUACUCAACACACACUACACAUUACUCCCCUGACUUAGUGAUAAGUUAUACAAUUACGUGGCUAAAGGUUCUAGUUCUAAACCAAAGCCAAAAUCAGAGAAAAAAAAUCUACGAAUAUAAUCUGUACAAUUUAUAAGACUAUACAAAUCAAAGAAAAUACCAUUUUAUAAAUGCAAUAAACACAAUUGAUUUGUUUUUAUGCCAAAUUGCAAAUAAAAUGUGACAAUUGUCAGAUUUAACUAAAAUGUCAUGUUAUAAUAAAUGUUAUAAAUGUGUAUUAUCACGGACUUACCUUUUUUUUCUAUCAUUUUUGACGCACUGAAAAAUUCUCAUGAAAAGGACUUUAUAUCACUAUUUUUGUUAAAAGAGAUUGUAAUUCAGGUUCUCUCUAUAUUAGACAGACAUUAAGGGAACCUAAUGCAAUUUUUUUUCUUCCUUUAUGAUGACGAAGUUAAUGCAUGUAAGUUAUUAUUUAUGUUGUUAUGUAGUUUGAGUUUAUAUCUUUUUAUGUAUUUUGGUGCUUGUCUAAUUUGGAAUGUUUGAAAACGACUUCAAUCUGAAAACCGAAACACCCUAUAAAGCAUUUAUUUUGUACUGUGUGGUUUAUCUCAACGAAAUAUUUAUUAAAAUAUAUCACAAGCAAAUAGUUAUCAAUAAAGUACAAUACACUUUCAUAAGACUAAAGGCGGGUUCUCACUUGUCAGUUUCGCUGAUGCAGUCCUAAGUGAUUCAGUGAUACUGAACAAAUAAUGAACGUGAGAACACAUUUUCAUAUUAAAUGUUCAGUACAUUCAUACUUUCAGGUUAAGUGAAAACCAAUUCUACUUUUUAUCAUUUUGACUGAUCAUUCUUUCAUGAUGGUAUUGGUAUUUUGUAUUUUGGGAGAAAUUUUUUACAGAUUCUCUUGAAAUAGGGAACUUGCACAUUUUUUUUAUUACAUAAUAAUGUUCACCUUUGUAUAACAAUAAGAUUUCCAAAAUUUCACGCUUUAAAACCUGAUAAUAACUUAGAAGUACAAAUUUAAAGUCUUCUGUAUUUUAAAAUAGUUCAAACGACCCGUGACGUCACAUAGUUCUUCUUCUUCUUCUUCCUUUAUUGGGUUAUAUCCCUCGGGAUAAUUCGCCCAGCUUACACCAGGGAACGUCACAUAGAUUUAAUAUAUAGUUAUGAUUAUGGUUAUAUUUAGGUAUAUUCUUCUUCUGCUUCUUUAGUUUAUUGGCCUACACCUACUUGGGCAUUUGGCCAGCUCAUCAUCACGGAUUAAGGGAAAAAUAUUUAUAUUCUAAUGACAUUUAUCGUAUGUCAUUGUAAUAAUAUAUACCACUUUGUUGAGAUUGGAGUUUGAUAUAGUUAUUGAAGGAAAGGAAAGAAGGUUUACUAUGGAAAAUAAAACCAUUUUGUAAAAGUACACAUUUUCUAUGGAUAGUUCAAACAAUCAAAAACACUUGUAACGUCACAUAACUGUAUUUUCUACUGACGUUUAUAAUAUCUAAUUUAAAAUUAUAUACAAUUUUAUACAAUUAUAUACAAAUUUGUUUACUUUGUUGGUGCAAAAUGUAAAGAUAUAACCCGAUGACGUCACGACGCGUUUUGGGCUGCCUGGUAUAAUUUGAAUUUUUAAUCAUCUUUAGGGGCCAAACGAAAGGCAAACAAUUUUUUUUUAUCUUUGAUACAUGUUUUAAAUUAUGUUCUGUUGUGAUUUAUAACAUUUUUUUCGAAUUUAAAAUUUUAUGCAAGUUCCCUAUUUGUCUUUGUUCAUUCUUAAGUGGUUUGUAUAUAAAUCAUAAUCUUCCAAAGCUAACUUUUUCGAUAUAGUUUCACUAGCACCUCGUUUAUUUCUGCGCAAUAUCCAGGACCUGGCCUACCAUCUACGACGUUUUCUUUUUUUUUUUUAUUCACUAGAAUAUUCUGUAAUUCAUUUACUAAUAAUUGUAAACAUACUUCGCGAACAGCUGGUCUCAAUUUUUUUGGAAUCAUUUUCACCCACCACCACGAUAUAAAAUGUUUUGACUAUUUGCAUACUGAAUGUAGCAAAACAUGAAACGUGUAAAUACAAACGUCGCUUUUUAUUUUUCAUUAUUAAUGAAUCAGUCAGACUGCGUCAGCGAAACUGACAAGUGAGAACCCGCCUUAAAUUACUAUGAAAAACCUACAGAAUGUUGAGUUUUUAUUAUAAAAUACGAAUUAUACUUUCAAUGUACUCAAAACUAUUGCUUAGAGUGAAAAAUACGUAGACAAUUUAAAACCAAACACUAUAUUCUCCUGAGUUGUAUCGCCUGUCCCCUUUUCCACCCAUUUCUUGUAAUAUUUUAACGUAGUGAGAAAUCCAAAACCAAUUUUAUUAAUGGACCUUCCAUACUUUUUAUGUGAAUAUGUAUAUGUAGGUACAUUGGAAUUCUUCUACUGUGCACUUUAGUUCAAACCUUUAACUAACGGAUAUGUUCGAUUAGUAAAACGAAGGCUCUUAGGUAGAAAACAGGAUUUGUACAGUUCGAAUAAAUCUAAGACCGGCCACUCACUAUGAGGUCACCCUGACAGGUACACCUAAACAGUUAGAUCUGUCAGGUCAGGUGUAUCUGAUAGUGUGUGCCUUUCGAUGUCAGAUCAUCUGAGAGAUUAAUUAUUCCCGAGACACACUAUCAGGUAUACCUGACGGGUCUAACUAUUCAGGUGUACAUGUCAGGUGUACCUGAUAGUGAGUGACCGGCCUAAGAUCACGGGAUUGUUCUGUUAUCAUUGGCAAACAGUUAUGAUUCACCGUUCUCUUCGAACAGAAAUUUCAAUUUUAGUAAGAAGAUAUAGUCACAAGUGUUUCAUUUUUCAUUAAUGCCAUAAUUGCACUGCCAUAUAUAUUUUAUUAUCUCAGAUAAAAAGUGGCAAACACAUUAUAAGAAUUUUUGACAUGUUUAUUAUUGAUUUGUUUAAGCUUGUACAGAAAUUUUGCAAUAUAUUGCUCAAAUCAAAAUUUCAUAUUUAUUAUUCACUUUUUUAAUAUUAUAUUAUGUGUGAACCUACAUUAUUCUCCUAUAUAUUAUUAUUACUCCUAUAUAUUAGAAAACUACAUUCCCAAUGUAUUGUCUGUGAAAUCCUACAAGAUUUAAAAGUGGCGCGUUUCCAGAGUUCGGCAGUUAUACAAGAAGCCAUUGAAGCAUACCUGGUAGAUUUGUUUUUGUUUUGUUUUCAAAUCCGCUGGUACGGAACUAUUACCACUUCUAUGAGUACCUGAGUGUUCAAAACUGGAGCAUUGUUACGAUAGUUUUAAAUAUUUAUAAUUUCUUCGAUGUCUAUCUUUAUAUUAACUGUUUCGGCAAACAAGGCAGUAUAAACUUCUUCCAAGCAUCUAUAUACAGCGGAUAUAACAUCAGGAUAUCUGAGAUGCUACACUAGAUGGAUAAGCAAUAAUAAAGGGUUCUCUCUGCAGUAUUUACCCUAGUCUCAGUGGGCGUAGCAAGUGUAAUGGUCGUCGUGUGUGGUUUAUCUUUCUAGAUCUCUCUGAAAUCUCCAUAGGUCACUUUUUUUAAUUCGUGCAUUAGUCGUUUAUACAUUUCUGUGAUUUUUGCAUCCAGAAACACUUUCUUGAUGGUCCUUCAGUGCGUGACAACUCCACAUUAUAUACCCUUUCUUUAUUUUAAUCACCAAGUCUUUGGCCUUAACCCCCAGACUUCACCGGUUAAACGGGUCCAUAAAUUUUUCUGAGGAAUUUUCUCUCCAACUUUCUGAGCGCUUCUUCUUUUGCUCUUCUUUUGCCCUUCGUGCGACGAGGAUUAUUCCUGUUUGUCUGCCUCUUAUUCUGUUUCAGUUGUUGUUGACUGUACAGUGUCUUUCCAUCUUUUCGGCGGCCUUCCAACGGGUCUUCUGCUAUACAACUUGAUGUUUUUACAGAUGUUCGCUAAUCUAUCUGGUUUCAUUCGGUCUACAUGUUCGUUCCAGUUUUUCUUUCUUGUUUUUAUCCACCUGUUAAUAUUUUGAAUUUUUCAUCGUUCUCGUAUUCUUCUGUUGCUUUGUCUGUCUCUUAAUGUUAUGCCCGCUAUUGAUCUUAAUACUUUUAUUUCAAUAUUGUUGAUUUGUUGUUUCGUGUUUCUUGUAUCGGUCCUUGUCUCCGCUGCAUAUGUUAGGAUAGGUCUUACUGUUGUCUUGUAUACUUUUAUUUUGCUUUCCGUGGUCAGAUAUUUGUUUCUCCAUACGGUUUUUCGGAGGCAACCACUUACUCUUGCUGCUUUUGUUGCUUGUGUUGUGGUCUCUAUUCUUAUAUUCCUGUCACUAGUGAUCUCUACUCCUAGGUAAUUGAAUAUCAUUACUUUUUCUACAAUUUUGCCGUCUAUUUCUAACUUGCAUCUACGCGGCUCUUAUACAUUUAGUUUUUUCUACUGAUAUUCUCAUAUGAAGUUUGUUUGCUGUGAUAUUGAAAGUGUGCCUUUGUAGAUCAUCCUCGUUAUCAGCAAUUAGGACUGUAUCAUCGGCAUAGCAUAGUAUCGUGAUUUUAUGCGCUCCCAUGUGGUAUCCAUGUCGUUUUCUUACUUCACGAAAUAUUUGAUUCAUCACCAUAUUGAAUAACAAUAUUGAAUAACAAUGAGCUGAGCGAAUCUCCUUGGCGGAUUCCUCCUUUUAGUUCUAUGCGUUCUGUUUCUCCUGUUGACAUUAUAAAUCUGGUCUUGUUGUCCUUGUUAAUUUCUUUAAUUAGUCUUAACAUAAGAGUAUUAAUUAGUCUAUGACAUAUUUAAAUCUAAGUAAAUAUACCGACUUAUUGCUCAGUGGUGAGUCUAAAUGUAUCCUGAAUUUUUAAAGAUUUUUUGUGAUUGAGCCAAAAAUAAAACUUUAGUACCGAAUCGACUUGAUAUUAAAGACCACUAAGACAACAAACCACAGAGAAAACAACUUGAUGAAGUAAUUAGAAUCCUAAAUUUUAUAAGUUUAAACGCAUAAUGAUUAAUUUACUUUAGAAAGAAUCUUCUGUUAGCUUAAAAACGUGUAACAAAACUUAAGGAAUACUAUUUUACUUGAUUAAGAGCAAUUUUCAAAUACAUUCUUUUCAGAUUUUUUCUUUAAACUUUAAAACACUUGUAUUUGUGGUUGCAUUAGAAAACUUUACAAAUCCUGUCGACUGCGCCUUAUCGACCUUUGAUAUAAAUACAGUAUGGCCAACUGCAGAAAACCUAAGAAUUACUAUUUCGCAAAAAACGAAGAAUCUACAUUUUAGUAGGUGCUUGUUUUUUAGAUAUUAAUCUGUAAGAAGUUAAGAAUUAGAUUUUUACUUUUAAAAAACAUUACAGAAAAAAUCAUCGCAAACAAGUCAUAGGUUUUUACAAAAAAAAAAUCUACAAGAAUUUGAUAUCGGUUUACUACUCGAAAUAUUUUAUUGGUUGUUUUAAAUGAUUUUUUCCGUAAUUCGAAAUAAAGUACUUAUUUUGUACCGCGGGAAGUGCUACAGGAAUAUUUUCUAGUUUCUAAUUUUCAGAGGGAAAACCUACAAUUUGUUAUAUUAUGCUUUUCCAAAUUCAAUAUUAUCUGAAAAUGUCUUGUAACAUUUUUUCGGGGUACUUAACUCGAAGACUAAUGGUUAUUAGCAAGAAUUGAGGACUGUCUAAUACAGUUCUAAUAUUUUACACUAAUUUAUAUGUGGUAAAACCUUAUUCCAGUGGUUUCCAACUUGAGGAGCGCCCCUGCAAAAAGAUUAUUAAAUGGGAGUUGUAGCUGCUACCAAAACAUCAUCUUCGAAGACAAGAAAAGGUCACAUCACAGUUAGAUGAUCUAAUCCAUACCAAGUCCAAAUUUUUGGCAGUCUUGUUUCUAGUCUGCAUUUGAUCAAGUUCGUCCAAUUCCUUAUUUUAUGUUUCUGGUCCAGAACAUUUGUUUUAUGUCCAUUCUGUUACCUUCUUUAUUACCUGAUGAUCUUCUGCAUCUUCUUCCAAUAGCACUGCAUCUCAAAAUAGCCCUUGGCCUCCUGUAAUUUCUGCCUCGAAUAUAAGCUACGUGGUAUUGUUUGUAUCUAACUUCCGACACCUUCAGGUUUUUUUCAGUAAGGGUUUUCAUUUCUGCUGUUUCCAGUAUUCUUUAUUCUUUUUGUCCUCACUGUGUCAGGUCGUGUUUCUGCCGCGUAUGUCAUUAUUGGUCGGAUGACUGUUUUGUAAAUUCUGCCUUUAAUUUCCCGAUAUUUUUAUUUCCUCAUAUUGUUUCAUUCAGGCAACUUGCGGCUCUGUUUGCUCUAUUCACUUGAUCUUCCUCUUCUGUUUCGAGCUUUUCAUAGCUGGAUAGUGUGAUGCCUAGAUAUUUCAACUCCAUCACUUGAUCUAUUAUCUGAAUCUCCAGCUCUCAGUUACAUCUUAGUAGAUUUGCUGUUAUAAACCAAGCAUUUUGACUUUUUUUGGGGAUAUUAACGUGUUAAAUUUUCUGGCGGUUAUAUUAAAAUAGUGCAGCAUACAUUGUAAAUCAUUUUCACUUUGAGAGAUUAGUAUUGCAUCGUCUACAUAGCUGAUUAUUUGAAGUUUUCAUUCAUUUGGUAUUCUUUUUUAGCUCUUACUUUUUGUAUUACUUCAUCCAUGAUCACGUUUAACAAUAGAGAGCUCAGGAAGUCUCUCGUCCUAUACAAUUACCAGCUUCAAUAGGGCUUUUCAUCGAUUGUCAUUUGUUUCGAGCUUCUGUCAUGUGUCACAUUAUAUUAAUAUAUCUACGCCAUACGUCUUUCCUUUGUAUCAUUGGUAUAUACCAAUAACGUACGACGUAGAUAUAUUAAUAUUAUGUGACACAUGACAGAAGCUCGAAACAAAUGACUGUGAAUGAAAAGCCCUAUUGGCUACUCGUUUCUUUACUUCUUUUGCAGUAUCAUGUAGGAUUGAAAAUAAGAUCCCCAAGCUAUUUAAAUGUCUGAACUCUUUCUAUGAUUUGGUUGUUUAUUUUUAACUAUGCUUGCCUAUAAUGUCUUCUGAUAAUUAUGAUCUAAUCAAUAUGCUUAGAUAUUUAAUGUUGUGUGCUUAGAGUGCUUAGAAUUGUUGUUCCAUGAUGUGAUAUAUAUUCAGUCCCAAAUAUGUGGGUGUCAUAAUAAUUUUGAUAAAAUGGAGGAGCAGUGUAACUAAAAGGUUGGAAACCACAUCUUUUCUCAGUUUGAAAAAUAAAAAGCAUCUACGCAAAAUAUGCAAAUAUUGAAAAUGCUGUUGAUUCGACAUAGAUAUUUAUUAUUGUUGUAGUGUAGAGGAUCUCAUAUAUUACUAUCUAACGACAGUGCCUUUUGUUGCAUCUUCUACUGCCAUUAAGCUUAUUUGCACUUAAAUGCUACCGUUAAUACUGAAAUGUUUAUAUGUUAAAGACUGUUUAAGACUGUUAGGUUACACUUCUACUCCUUUAGAAAAUGUCUAGCUUAUUUUUUAUUCUCAUUACUUUAGGUUUUAUUAAAUAAAACUUAAUUAUUAUCGUUAUUCGACUCAAUGAGAAGAAAUUAUUGUUGGGAAUUGAACUGUGGUCUUAAAAUAUCUGGUUUCCAAAAUGGUAUGUGGGGAAACAGAAAUAUUUGAGGUUAGUUUACUAAAAUUAGGUUUAAAUUCGAUUCCCACAGUCCUCCAUUUAAAUUUUAAACGAGAAUAUGGAUUACAUUUACAGGGCCGGAUUUACAUUAAUAUUUCUGGCGCCUCACGACUUGAUAUCCAGUUACCACUAGGCCAGUGCCUUGUCGGCCUAGUGGUAAAUCCGGCCCUGUAUAUUUUUUUACUCUUUAAAAUAAACCGAGUUUUUUUGAAAAUGUCAAAUAGGAAAAAGACGACAAUUUCCUGAUGCCGUUUGUAUUCUUAGAAACAUGUAUUUGUUUGUAUUCCAUAUAGUACCUAGAUAUAGGCCUAAAGUACAUUUCCAAUAGGCAUUAGCCCAUGAGAGGGAUAAGGCAGAGGAAACACUCGACCCUGGCUGCAGAGUAUACCUGGUGCAGACAAGGGGACUCUUGUGAGCCUUUAGGCUACUCUAAGCUAGUAUAGGAAUGCCCAGAGGAAUUCGGUAGACAGGAUCGGAAAACAACAUCUCUUACUGAGAAAACACCUGGUCAAACACAAGGUAAACUGUAUAUUGGACAGAUGUGCUAAUAGGGCUGAAGUACCGCGGAAAAUAAGCAGAAAGCAACUCAAGAUCAUCACAGGCUUUCUUAGUAGACAUACGCCGAUCAAAGGACAGCUGCAUACAAUAAGGCUGGUUAAUAGAACAGUCAACCAUGUCUUGCGUGACUGCGAGGCAUUAGAUCGCAGGCGAUAAACGCUUUUUGGAGUCUACCAAGUGACUCCAAAAAGAUAUAGCAGUCAUCUACUAGACCUGUACAAGCUGCUACAAGGUACCAGAAUCCUAGAAUAGGUAUCACGAAUGAAUGGAACAUGUACAAUAAGCCUAUUGACUGCAUUAAAAAAAAAAAGAAAAAGGCCACAGAAGAAAAAUCCUAGAAACUUUAGAUGAUUUUAUAAGCUGCUCAUACAUAUUCUUAAUAGAAUGUUUUAUUCAGUAUUAUCAAUUAGUAAAGUCUCAAUAAAACCCGAUAUAUUUCGGUCUAAUUUUAGAGUUGUUCUAGUGAGAUAUUUACAUAAUAUUUCGAGAAUGCUAGAUAUGUAUAUCUAUUUAUAUUUUGAAUAUUUGCAUAUUUUGUCGAUUUUUUUAAAAGAAACGUCUAAAAGUCAUAUUACAACGUGAAAGUGGCCUAAUAACUAACAAAACCUCGGUCGAAAAUGCAAUAGAUCUAGUCGUUUUUUAGUUGAUCAAAAUUAGUUUUUGUACUGCAGGCCGUCCAAUGGGCCUUGGGCACAAAAAAGUGUAUGUGCUAGCACACACCGAACAUGUCUUUCUUGAUCUUCCCUAAGUCUUGCGCGAACAUAGUUUUCAUUAUCAAAUGAACUUACUUGUCUACUACAUGUAAUACCAAAAUAAAUUUGCUGAUGCAUCAAUCAAAUGUU